AUGGCGCCAUUGGCCUUCGCUAAGAACUCGAAACUGUGCUUCCCUGUCUUGCUCUCUGGUCCAGUGCUCAGCAUCGGGGAAGGAGGCUUCUGGGAAGGUCAGGUUAAAGGUCGAGUUGGCUGGUUCCCCUCCGAGUGCCUAGAGGAGGUGGCCAAUCGCUCCCAGGAGGGAAAGCAAGAAAGUCGAAGCGACAAAGCCAAAAGGCUCUUCCGACAUUACACCGUGGGCUCUUAUGACAGCUUUGACGCCCCCAGUGACUACAUCAUUAAGGAGAAGACCGUCCUGCUACAGAAGAAGGACAGUGAGGGGUUCGGUUUUGUGCUGCGGGGGGCCAAGGCGCAGACCCCCAUCGAGGAGUUCACUCCCACCCCAGCGUUCCCUGCCCUUCAGUACCUUGAAUCUGUGGAUGAGGGCGGUGUGGCUUGGAGAGCAGGACUUCGGAUGGGGGACUUCCUCAUCGAGGUGAAUGGACAGAAUGUUGUCAAGGUUGGGCAUCGGCAAGUGGUCAAUAUGAUCCGCCAGGGUGGCAACACCCUGAUGGUGAAGGUGGUGAUGGUCACCCGGCACCCGGACAUGGACGAGGCUGUCCACAAGAAAGUGCCCCAGCAGGCUAAGCGUCUCCCACCCCCCGCCAUCUCGCUGCGGUCUAAGUCCAUGACUUCGGAGCUGGAGGAGAUGGUUUCCCCCUGGAAGAAGAAGAGUGAUUAUGAGCAGGCUCCGAUGCCCAGCGUGGAGAAGAAGAGGACAGUCUAUCAGAUGGCCCUGAACAAACUAGACGAGAUACUGGCGGCUGCCCAGCAGACCAUCAGCGCGAGUGAGGGGCCCGGGCCGGGCGGCCUUCCUUCUCUGGGCAAACACCGAGCCAAGGGCUUCUUCGCCACCGAGUCCAGCUUUGAUCCCCACCACCGAUCCCAGCCUAGUUACGAACGGCCAUCUUACCUGCCCCCCGGACCUGGUCUCAUGCUUCGACAGAAGUCCAUUGGGGCCGCUGAGGAUGACAGGCCGUACCUGACGCCCCCGGCUAUGAAGUUCAGCCGAAGUCUGUCGGUCCCGGGCUCGGAAGAUAUCCCCCCUCCCCCGACGACGUCCCCGCCCGAGCCCCCUUACAGCACCCCGCCAGCCCCGUCCUCCUCUUCCGGCCGACUCACUCCUUCCCCCCGGGCUGGGGCAUUCAACCCAGGGAGCGGAGGCCCUCUGCCUUCCUCCUCCCCCGCCUCUUUUGACGGGCCCACCCUCCCCGACUCCCGGCCUUCGGGCCGAGAUAAGGGUCUCUACCACGCAGGGCCGGGAGUUCUGCCUCCAGCCCACCACCAUCCCCCGCACCAUCACCACCACCAUGCCCCGCCCCCGCCACCCCACCCCCACCACGCUCACCCGCCGCACCCCCCCGAGAUGGAGACCGGGGGCUCCCCGGACGACCCCCCGCCUCGCCUGGCCCUGGGCCCCCAGCCCAGCCUUCGGGGCUGGCGGGGCGGUGGCCCGAGUCCGUCUCCCGGCGGCCCCGGGCCCUCCCCCUCGCACCACGCCGCCGCCGGCGGCGGCGGCGGCGGCGGCGGCGGGGGCUCAUCCCCCGCGCCGGCCCUGCGCUAUUUCCAGCUCCCGCCCAGGGCGGCCAGCGCAGCCAUGUACGUCCCCGCCCGCUCGGGCCGGGGUCGCAAAGGCCCCCUGGUCAAGCAGACCAAGGUGGAAGGGGAGCCCCAGAAGGUCAGCCCGGGGGCGGGCCCAGCCCCGGCGCCCCCGGCGCCAGCCGCCCCGCAGCAGGCGGCCGAGAAGAAUUCCAUCCCCAUCCCCACCAUCAUCAUCAAAGCCCCGUCCACCAGCAGCAGCGGGCGCAGCAGCCAGGGCAGCAGCACGGAGGCCGAGCCCCCGGCCCCGGCCGACGCCGGCCCCUCUCCCGCCUCCCCGGUGCCGGCCCCCUCCCCGGGGCCCCCGUCAUCUCCUCUGCCCGCUCCGCCCUCGCCCAGCGGCCCGGCCACCCUGGACUUCACCAGCCAGUUCGGGGCCGCCCUGGUGGGGGCGGCCCGGCGGGAGGGGGGCUGGCAGAACGAGGCCCGCCGGCGCUCCACCCUCUUCUUGUCCACCGACGCCGGGGACGAGGACGGCGGGGAGGCUGGCCUGGGCGGCUCGGCUGCGCCGGGGCCGCGCCUCCGUCACUCCAAAUCCAUAGACGAGGGCAUGUUCUCGGCCGAGCCCUACCUGCGCCUGGAGGCGGGCGGUGGCGGGGCCUACGGGGCCUACGGGCCCGGCCGAGCCUACGGCGGCGGCGGCGGCGGCGGCGGAGGGGGCGGGGUCAGUGCCUUCACCAGCUUCUUGCCCCCGCGCCCACUAGUCCAUCCGCUCACCGGCAAGGCUCUGGACCCCGCGUCGCCCCUCGGGCUGGCUCUGGCAGCCCGAGAGCGGGCGCUGAAGGAGUCCUCCGAGGGCGGUAGCGGCCUUCCGCAGCCCCCUCCUCGGCCCCCGUCGCCCCGCUAUGAGGCCCCGCUCCCCCCACCCCCGCAUCCCCACCACGCGCACCCCCUACCCCACCACGAGCCAGUGCUGCGCCUCUGGGGCGCCCCGCCCCCCGAGCCAGGGCGGAGGGAGCUAGGCUACCGGCCUGGGCUCGGGAGCCAGGAGAAGCCCCUGCCUGCGAGUCCCCCGGCGGCGCGCCGCUCCCUGCUGCACCGCCUCCCUCCAGGCCCCCCGGGGGUGGGACCCCUGCUGCUCCAGCUGGGGCCCGAGCCCAGCCCGCUCCCACCUGCGGCCAAGAGCUGGCGCGGAGGCGGCGGCCCCGACGACUCGGAGCGCCUCCCCUUGCACGUGCGCUUCCUGGAGAACUGUGAGCCCCGGGGCGGCGGGCGGGGGGUCCCCUCUGAGGACGCGGCCCCGGGGCCCCCGCAGGCCUCCGCCUCGUCCCCCCGGAGCCGGGAGGAGAACGGGCUGCCCCUGCUAGUCCUGCCCCCGCCCGCCCCGUCGGUGGACGUGGAGGAUGGCGAGUUUCUCUUUGCGGAACCGCUGCCCCCGCCCCUGGAGUUCUCCAACAGCUUCGAGAAGCCCGAGUCCCCGCUGACGCCCGGCCCUCCGCCCCCGCUGCCCGACCCGCCUUCCGUAGCCACUGCCACCGCCGCGGCCCCGGCCCCGGGCCCUCCCCCCGCGGCGGCCUCCGGCCCGGCGCUGGAUUCUACCGCGUCCAGCCUGACGUCCUACGACAGCGAGGUGGCCACGCUGACCCAAGGAGCCGCCCCCGGCCCGGGCGACCCCCCCGUUCCCGGGCCCCAAGUUCCCGCGGCGCCCGCCCCCGCAGCCCCCGCGGCCCCUGGCCCGGGCUCGGGUCCUGACCCGCCGCCUGGCACAGACUCGGGCAUCGAGGAGGUGGACAGCCGCAGCAGCAGUGACCACCCUCUGGAGACCAUCAGCAGCGCGUCCACGCUGAGCAGCUUGUCGGCCGAAGGCGGCGGCGGGAGCGGCGGCGGCGGCGGCGGCGGCGUUGGGGGGGGCGGCGGCGGCGGCGGGGGGGGCGGCCCCGAGCUCCUGGACACCUACGUGGCUUAUCUGGACGGCCAGGCUUUCGGGGGAGGGGGCGGGGUCGGCCCGCCCUAUCCCCCGCAGCUGAUGACGCCGUCCAAGCUGCGGGGCCGGGCCCUGCGACCCGGGCCGGGCGGGGGCCUCCGGGAUCCGGCCACCCCCACCAGCCCCACGGUGUCCGUGGCGGGCGCCGACGGCCUGCUGGCCCUGAGCGGCUGCGGAGGCCCCCAGCCGCCGGGCUCCUCCGACACCGACGGGGCGCCAGGCCCCUCGGGAGCGACCUCCCUGCCCCGAAAGCUGCUACCCUGGGAGGAAGGGCCAGGCCCGCCCCCACCUCCCUUGCCCCCGCUGCCCGGACCCCUGUCCCAACCGCCGCCCUCGGCCCUGGCCACGGUCAAGGCGAGCAUCAUCAGUGAGCUGAGCUCCAAGCUGCAGCAGUUUGGGGGCGCCGCGGCCGGCGGGGCCUUGCCCUGGGCCCGAGGAGGCAGUGGGGGAGGUGGAGACAACCACGGAGGCCCCAGCUAUGACCGCACUGCCUCCCUGCAACGGCAAAGGCUGGCGGAUGACCCCCCGUCCUCGCUUCUCUCCAAACCCGUCAGCAGCCUGUUCCAGAACUGGCCCAAGCCGCCGCUGCCACCGCUCCCCUCAGGGUCUGGGGUGACCCCGGCAUCUGGGGGAACCGGCGCCGGGGCGCCCUCGCCGUCCUCAUCUUCAUCCAGCCGCCACCUGCAGGGCGUGGACUUUGAAAUGCGCCCCCCUCUCCUCCGACGCGCCCCCAGCCCUUCCUUGCUGCCCCCCUCGGACCACAAAGUCAGCCCGGCUCCCCGGCCCUCUUCUCUGCCCAUCCUGCCCUCCGGGCCCCUGUAUCCCGGCCUCUUCGACCUCCGAGGCUCGCCCACCGGAGGGGCUGGGGGCGCCUCGGACCCCUUCGCUCCCGUCUUCGUGCCCCCGCACGCGGGGAUGGCGGGGAGCCUGGGCGGGGCGCUGGCCGGGGCCUCCCGCUCGCUGUCGCCCACCCGCCUGCUCUCCUUGCCCCCGGACAAGCCGUUCGGAGCCAAGCCGCUGGGCUUCUGGACCAAGUUCGACGUGGCCGAUUGGCUGGAGUGGUUGGGCCUGGCGGAGCACCGCGCUCGCUUCCUGGACCACGAGAUCGACGGCUCCCACCUGCCCGCCCUGACCAAGGAGGACUACGUGGACCUAGGCGUCACGCGGGUGGGGCACCGAAUGAACAUUGACCGUGCUCUCAAGUUCUUCCUGGAGAGGUGAUGGCCGGCCCACCGAGGACCCUCGGGGAGGGCUCUCGCUCCCGGCCCCGCCCCUCCGGAACGCUGGCCAAAUGUCACGUGACGCUCCCCUCGCCCUCCCCCUCUCCCCCCCCCCCGACCCGGGCUGCCCCCUCGCUUCCCACUCGCUCAAGCGGCCGCCGACAGUCAUCGCACUGGACACGCGCACCUCAGAGGAGGGGCAGCUGGGACUGGACAGUGUUGCCACAGCGUUGGGCGAAAAGGGGGGGGGGCGAGAAACGGGUGGGAGACGCGCGACCCCGCUCCCUCCCGGGGAGAUGGCUGAAGCUGGGAGGAGGGGGGCUGGAGGGACAAGCGAAAGGAGGGAAGAUGUACCCCGACCUCCCCCUCUCCAGGUCCCUGGGAGAGGAGGGAAGAAUAGCAGAGCCAUAGACGGGGAGCCCCAAGGCUAAUCGGAGGAGGGGGGGGCUCCCUGAGCAGCAGGGGAAGGGGGCGAAACAGGGGUCCCCAAUCCCCUCCCCAGGCCCUCGCCUGCCCUCCCCGCCCCCACCCGAGCUCCCAAUUCUCUUCUGCCUUCUCUCCCUCCCAAACUAUCCUGCCUCCCGGCCUCUUGCACGCUCCUUUGCACGCCCGCUCGCCUAUACGCCUCCCCCUUUCCUGGGCUGCUAUUUUGCACAGAUUUGCGCUGUCUCAUGCUUUCUUGCACACUCCCCAAGGCGGUGCUUGCAGGUCC